AUGGCACGUCAUAAUGGUUUGGUAGUAUGUGCCUCAUCGUUCUCAACUAUAGAUAAACAAUAUUCUCAGUUUGAACAGAACUUCAAGUUAUUGUAUUUGAUUAAUGAUAAUCAGGACUUAUUUGAAAACUCAUUAGAUUAUCUAUUGAAUAAAGAUCCAAACUGGAAUAGAUAUACAAUCAUUCAAACACCAACACCCGUGAAAGAUCAUAAAGUGGAAUAUGUUUUUGAGUUCCAUGAAGUAGUAUCAAAACCAGAACUUACAAACAAAGAUAUCAAUUUUUAUAUGAUUAUAGAUCUGACGAUUAUAAAUUCCAUUGAAAAUUGGCAUAAAUUUAAUAAAUUUAAACGGAAAUUUAAGGAUUAUUCAUUAGCUUUAAAAUUAUCAAAUGAAGAUGAUCAAAUAAAUAAACAAUACUUAGAUCUUUGGUUAACUGAAGCGAUUUCUUUUAUUUAUGUUCCUAAUAAAAUUAAAAGUUUUGAAUUCUUUAAAAUAUUUCAAUUCAAAAGUAUACCUAUCCCAUUAUUAAUAAUGGAAAAUGCGAAGGAUCAUGAGCAAGUUUGUUUAAUAAAGUCCCAACAUAGAGCAAGUCCACAAUUUUAUUUGAAACCAUUACAACCUUUGGUUGAAAACUUGCUGAUUGGGAUCUAUAAGCAAUUUGAAAAGGAUCAAACCAAAUAUAACCAAUUUGCUGAAGCUUUUGAAUUGGCAAUAAAUGAUUUAUUACUCAAAAAAAUCCCCACAAUUAAAAUAUUGUUAAUUGGACCUGGAAAUGGUAAACUUUUGACCAAGUUAUGGAAUAUAAUCAAAACAAAUCUUGAUAAAUUUGAAAUUGAUGCAAUUGAAAAAAAUCCAAUAUGUAUAGGUGAUUUGAAGGAUAAAAACAAAAAGCUAUGGAAAAGUAAGAUUCAAUUAGUUGAAGAUGAUUUACGAAAUCUACCAGGUUCUGAAGGUGAUUAUAACCUUGUCAUUUCAGAAUUAUUGGGAUCUUUUGGUGAUAAUGAAUUAUGUCCUGAGAUUCUUGCACAAUUCAACCAACCUAAGCCUGAUUUAAUCAUGAUACCUGGUGAUUAUACAUCAUAUCUUCAGCCAAUUUUUACUCCGGUCAAAUUAAAUACAAUUGCCUUAAUCAAAUUGACAAAUUAUUAUCCAAAUAGUGAUCCUCAACCAGUUUGGGAAUGGCAACAUCCCGAGCCUCAUUUCCAAUCCACAAAAUCUAAAAAAUUAACAUUUAUUAAUAGGUAUGGUUAUAAAGUCUCUGGGUUUUUAGGUUGGUUCAAUUGUACAUUAUAUGGUCAUAUUAAUAUUCAAAUCCAUGAUGAUCAAGCAAAAGAUUAUUGUAAAUCUUGGUUUCCGAUAUAUUUCCCGGUAAAACCAAAACAUGUCAAACCAGGAGACAAUUUAGUUGUUGAGUUUCAUAGAAAGAAACGUGAUGAUUUAAUUUGGUACGAGUAUGAAUUCCAAGGAAAAUUGUAUAAUCAGAAUGGAUGUGACUAUUUAAUGCAUUUAUCUUGA